UCAUUCUGACUUGGACAAGGGAGAGGGUACUGUUAAAUACACCCUCUCAGGAGAUGGUGCCGGGACCGUUUUUACCAUUGAUGAAACCACAGGCGACAUUCAUGCAAUAAGGAGCCUGGAUAGAGAAGAAAAACCUUUCUAUACCCUGCGUGCACAGGCUGUAGACAUAGAGACCAGGAAGCCUUUGGAGCCUGAAUCAGAAUUCAUCAUCAAAGUGCAAGAUAUUAAUGACAAUGAGCCAAAGUUUUUGGAUGGACCUUAUGUUGCUAGUGUUCCAGAAAUGUCUCCUGUGGGUGCAUAUGUGCUCCAGGUCAAGGCCACAGAUGCAGAUGACCCGACCUAUGGAAACAGUGCCAGAGUUGUUUACAGCAUUCUUCAGGGACAACCUUAUUUCUCUAUUGAUCCCAAGACAGGUAUUAUUAGAACAGCUUUGCCAAACAUGGAUCGAGAAGUCAAAGAACAAUACCAAGUUCUCAUUCAAGCCAAAGAUAUGGGAGGACAACUAGGAGGACUGGCUGGAACAACAGUAGUCAACAUCACCCUCAGUGACGUCAAUGACAAUCCACCUCGCUUCCCCAAAAGCAUCUUCCAUCUGAAAGUUCCUGAAUCUUCUCCUGUUGGCUCAGCUAUUGGAAGAAUAAGAGCUGUGGAUCCUGAUUUUGGACAAAAUGCGGAAAUUGAGUACAAUAUUGUUCCCGGAGAUGGAGGGAAUUUGUUUGACAUCGUCACAGAUGAGGAUACACAAGAAGGAGUUAUCAAACUGAAAAAGCCUUUAGAUUUUGAAACGAAGAAGGCAUAUACUUUUAAAGUAGAGGCCUCCAACCUUCACCUUGACCACCGGUUUCACUCUGCUGGCCCUUUCAAAGACACUGCUACAGUGAAGAUCAGUGUUCUGGAUGUAGAUGAGCCACCCGUAUUUAGCAAGCCACUUUACACCAUGGAAGUUUAUGAAGACACUCCUGUCGGGACCAUCAUUGGUGCUGUAACUGCACAAGACCUGGAUGUGGGCAGUAGUGCUGUUAGGUACUUCAUAGAUUGGAAGAGUGAUGGGGACAGCUACUUUACAAUAGAUGGAACAGAAGGAACCAUCGCCACUAAUGAAUUGCUAGACAGAGAAAGCACUGCACAGUAUAAUUUCUCCAUAAUUGCGAGUAAAGUUAGUAACCCAUUAUUAACCAGCAAAGUCAACAUACUAAUUAAUGUCUUAGAUGUCAAUGAAUUUCCUCCAGAAAUAUCUGUGCCGUAUGAGACAGCUGUCUGUGAAAAUGCAAAACCAGGACAGAUAAUUCAGAUAGUCAGUGCUGCAGAUCGAGAUCUUUCACCUGCUGGGCAGCAGUUCUCCUUUAGAUUAUCCCCUGAGGCUGCCAUCAAACCAAAUUUUACAGUCCGUGACUUCAGAAACAACACAGCUGGAAUUGAAACCAGAAGAAAUGGAUACAGCCGCAGACAGCAAGAGUUGUAUUUCCUCCCUGUUGUAAUAGAAGACAGCAGCUACCCUGUCCAGAGCAGUACAAACACAAUGACUAUUCGAGUUUGUAGGUGUGACUCUGACGGUACUAUCCUGUCGUGUAAUGUGGAAGCAAUUUUUCUGCCUGUCGGAUUGAGCACUGGCGCUUUAAUUGCAAUCCUACUAUGCAUCGUUAUACUUUUAGCCAUAGUUGUGCUGUACGUCGCAUUGCGCAGGCAGAGGAAGAAGGACACCCUGAUGACCUCCAAGGAAGACAUAAGAGACAACGUUAUUCACUAUGACGACGAAGGAGGCGGGGAGGAGGACACGCAGGCCUUCGACAUCGGGGCUCUGAGAAACCCGACAGCAGUGGAAGAGAACAAAAUCCGCAGGGAUAUCAAGCCAGACUCUCUUUGCCUGCCCCGCCAGAGGCCCCCAGUGGAAGACAGCACGGAUAUCAGGGACUUUAUCCAUCAGAGGCUGCAGGAGCACGACCUGGACCCCGCCGCCCCGCCCUACGACUCGCUGGCCACCUUCGCCUACGAGGGCGCAGGGUCGCUAGCCGGGUCGCUCAGCUCCAUUGACUCGCUGGCCACUGAUGCUGACCAGGACUACGACUACCUGGCGGACUGGGGACCACGCUUCAAGGUCCUUGCUGACAUGUUCGGUGAAGAAGAGAGCUACAACCCCGACAAAGUCACUUAGGGAGAGGCGGAGGCUAAGUGCAGAGGAGGAGAGAUUUUUUAACAGGAGCAACACAAGUAGACAUCAACGCGCUCGCACACACACAGGCUUUAUAAUGCAGGAUUCUUUUGACGAUCUGGUUUCUAGCAAGUGGCUAUAUUUAUCAUACUGUCAGUUUUGGUUUAUUCUGUCGACACAAGAUAAAUCCUAUAAUAUGUACUUGCUUUGUUUUGUUUUGUUAUUUCAGAAACACGCUGAGACAAGCUCAGGCCUAUUAAAUACAAUUUACUGACAUGACAACCUACAACGAAGAUAGCUAUGUGGCAUCACGGUGGAAGAGUGUUAGAUUUUUCUUAAUUCCACUAAAGUGCCUAUUGAAACUCUUAUCAUUUAAAGUGGUGUACCCUACACUCUGCUGUGAUGUGGUUGCAGGAUUCAGUGAUAAAGAGGAAUAAACAAAGACAUCUUCAAGGAGCAAUAGCACCCUGCUGACUCUUCUCAUUCCUUUUGAGACAAAAAGGAAACUCUGAACUCCAUCUUCUUAUAAUUCAAAGGUGUUUCUUUUUAAAACUGUAUGCCAAGACAUAUUUGCUUUUCCUACCCUUUCAGAAAAUUGAAAUAAAUGUGAUAAUAUCAAAUUAAAUAUGUAACCCAUGAAUUUGAAAAGUAAUGUCUGAUCGUAACAUAAGUUCAUAUUAAAGAAUGUUAAUUAAAAUAUUACUUUUUUUCCAAAAAAAUAAAAUUUUAAAAAAGAAAUGGAAAAAUCCCUCUUUAUAAAGAGAGGCCUCAGGGCUCAAAUUCCACAUUAAAAUAAAUAUCGGUUUUGUUUUAUACUG